ACGGCUGAGUAGUAUCAACCACACGAACAUUAUUUUCUAUUUGCAAUUCUCAUCCCCCUGGAUUCGACAACUCCACCACGACUCUUAAGACCAUGGCUGAAAUCCGAAAACUCCUAGUGCUACCUGGGGAUCACAUAGGGCCCGAAAUCAUAGCAGAAGCACUGAAAAUACUGGCAGUGCUAGAAGAAGAACUGCCCAACUUCAAGGUCCAAAUAAGCUACGGAUUAAUAGGAGGUGCGAGUCUAGACAAGACUGGUUCCGCAAUAACCGACGAAGUCCUUGAAACUGCCGUCGCAAGCGAUGCAGUUCUUCUGGGCUCCGUGGGAGGACCAGAAUGGGCACAUGUGCCGGGCGCUCUGAGUCCUGAAAAGGGUAUUCUCCACUUGAGACAGCGGCUAGACGCAUUUGCGAAUAUCAGGCCUUGUCGGUUCUAUGCGUCAAGUCUACUUAAUCAGUCACCAUUGAAGCCCGAGAUAGCCGCUGGAGUGGACUUUGUUCUGGUUAGAGAGAACUGCGGAGGGGCGUAUUUUGGAACAAAGACCGAAUUCGAAGAUGAGGCGCGAACUGAGGUUGAGAGAUGUGCUCGCGUAUCAGCAGCGCUCGCGAGGACUUUUGGCAGGGGCAAGAACACUGACGACAAAAGCCCAGCUAUAGUCUGGAAUGCGGAUAAGGCGAACGUUUUGGCAAGUGGUCGUUUCUGGAGAACAGUCACGCAUGAUAUAUUCGAGCGCGAAUUCCCUGAUAUUGAACUCCACGACCAACUGGCUGAUAGCAUGGCUAUGGUCAUGGUUAAAGCACCAACGAAAUUCAACGGCGUGAUUCACACUGAUAAUACAUUUGGGGACAUCCUGUCUGAUAUAUCAGGAGGAAUCGUGGGGUCCCUAGGAGUUCUUCCCAGCGCAAGCGUAUGCGGAGUACCUGGUAGUGAAAAACCUGUUAAAGGUAUCUAUGAAGCGGUCCAUGGAAGUGCUCCUGAUAUUUCGGGAACGGGGCAGGCGAAUCCGAUUGCACAAAUACUCAGUUUGGCGAUGCUUCUUCGAUACUCGUUUAGUAUGCCGCGUCAAGCCGAUUUACUGGAGGAUGCUGUACGAAAAACACUCGAGGUGCGCGAGCAUGGUGGAUUAGGAAUUCGGACGAAGGAUUUGGGAGGUUCUGCCUCUACGCAAGACGUUGGUGAUGCUGUUGCAUUCCAAUUUCGGACUCUCCUUAGAAGCGCUGAUAUCAAAUAA